AUGUUUACGAGAUUGUAUAAGGAAUUCCUGUGUGAUGCUGUCAUUGACCUCGUCGUCAUGAAGUAUUUGUUCAACAAGUUCCCUGAAGCCACCUCAGGUCAACUAUCAGCUGCUCGCUCGCUCGCUGUAUGCGGGCCAACCUUAGCCUCUGUCGCUGUGAGACGGCUCGGGAUUCACAAGCAUCUGCUUGUCAACAAUGCUGAACUAAGCACUGCGAUCACAACACACGUUCCUUUGCUUACGUCUCUCUCCCCUGAAGAUACUAUCAGCAAGGGAUGGAAAUAUGAUCCGCCGAAAGCACUGAGUAACGUGCUGGAAAGUAUUGUUGGAGCAGUCUUAGUUGACACCCGUUUCGACUUUGAGAAAACAGCGGUCAUAGUCGAAGCGGUCAUCAGCGAUGUGUUGGAAGUCCUCACGACAGAUCUUCCUCGCGACCCUGUGUCUGAGUUGAUGGUCUGGGCAGCUGCAGCGGGAUGCAGGCGGAUAUCUUUCCAGAAGACACAGAGCAAUCCCGAGCUCCGGCGAAAUGAUAGCGUUUCUGUGGUCGUGCAUGACGUAGUUGUUGUCGGCCACGCACCAACCUGUCUUUGUCGAAAGGUCUUGCAGCGGAACGUGCACGCACUGUCUUGGCUGACCCAACAUUUGACAAGUCUCUUGAAAAGUUGUGCAAUUGCAUGCGGGACCUGGCCGCUGCCUCUCCCAGAAGUAGCAGAGGCUAUCGUCGCUGACGAUACCAAGGCUCCCUUGAAGCUCACUGAUGAGACCGAAAAGGGCUUUGCUGCCAUCGGACGUUGCAGGACUCGGACAUUGAAAGAAAGAUUUGCAAACGAAAAGGGAGCUAUCGUCACCGUAGGGCACUCGUAA